AUGCAAGGGUGCGGUGGAUAUUACACAGGCUUGGAAGCAACGUGGAAUUGGUUCGACAACGCGUGCCUCUUGAUCUCGCUCAUCGAUCUGGUCUUCAGCUACAUCGUCGUGACCCAGAGCUCCGGAGGCUCAGAGCCCUUCAUGCUGAUGAGAAUGUUGCGGCUGGCCCGACUUGCCCGGCUGGUACGACUCAUGCGUUUCCGGAUGUUCCGGGAGCUGAAGCUGAUGGUGCUGGGCCUCUUCUCAGGUCUGCGGGCCCUAGCUUGGGCCAUCGUGCUGCUCAUGUUCACCAUCUACACCGUUGGCGUGCUGAUGCGGCUGAUCAGCGAUUUGCCGGAGUUCGCCUCCAUGCCCAACGCAAUGUUCACCCUGUUCCGCUGCUUCGUGACGGACGGCUGUGUGGCUUAUGAUGGCACGCCGCUGCCUGAAAAGCUACGCAGUGAUCUGGGCGUGCCUUUCUUCGUCUUCUACAUCUUGACCACGAUGGUCAUCGGAGUGGGGCUUUUCAACUUGAUCAUGGCUGUGUUCAUUGACAAUGUGCUGAAGUCUCAAGGUCAGCGCAAGCUCAAGGAGAUAGGCGACACCUCGGCGGCCGUGUGCACCGAGCUGAAGUUGCAAUUCCGGAGGUUCUUGUGCGAGCCGACCGUGGCCUCGCACCGGACCCUGUUCAGCCGGCUCUCCGAGUCCGCCCAGCAGAAGCUGUCCUCGCUGACGGACGAGAGCUUCUACCGGGAUCAGGCUUCCCGGCGAAAAAUCGCGGAAGCCACGUACCGGAUCCUGCAGGAAGACAAGGUGAGCAUCUCCCGGGACAUGUUCAUGAUGUGGCUGCAAGACCCCGAGUUCACCACCAUGCUGGAAGAAGCUGACGUGGACAUGUCCGACAAGUUCCGCAUGUUCGACAUUCUGGAUGUCGACAUGGGAGGCGAGCUCUCGGCCGAUGAGCUGGUGACGGGCCUCAUGCAGCUGCGAGGAGAUGUGUCGAAGGGUGACAUUGUGGCGAUCAUGUUGAAGGUGCGCCAUCUCACGUAUGCAAUCGACGAGGUGCAGAAGAGCCUGAAGCUGGGCCGCUUGGACGCACGCGUGCGUGACAUGCGCGUCGAACAACCGGACCGGAUCAGCUUGCCAGGCGGGAGGGAAGGGACGGGGACGCGCCUGGCGGCGGAGGCCCUGCAUUCUCAAGGGCCCUUGGCAGCGGAGCACACCACGACCUUGAGCUCUGCGCUGCUGGACGUGGACGAAGACGUUCGAGAGCUAGCGGCUCUGACGCUCUUGGCCACCGGGGAGGCGAGCCUGCCUUGCCAGCGCCGUCUCAUGCGCACGGCGCUGAACGACAACGCUUCACACGUGCAGGCUGCCGCCAUCUGUGUCUUAGAGCUCCUGAGCGGACAACUUGCUGCCGCUGACUUCGCGGCGGAGCUGGCCGCUGCUCUGGAGAGCGACCGCGUCUCCGCACGCUGGGGUGCACUGAAAGCACUGCAAGCGCUGGGUGCAGACGCGGUGGAGCCCUACGCCCACCAGUUGGCCCUCCUUUUGAGUGACGAUUCCUGGUUUGUUCGCAGCCUGGCCACGGAGCUUUUGCUGGAGCUCGGACCACGUGGUGCCGAGAACAGCCAGCCCGUGUUGGUGAAGGCGCUGCACAACUUGGACCAGGAGGUGCGACGGACUGCGGCCAUAGCUUUGGGCAAGCACGGUCAGGUCGCCUCCUGCCGUGCCAGCGCCUUGUGCACGCGCAUGCUGGCCAACCGCCCCGGCGUCAAGAGCAACGACCCCGAAGUGGACCUCAGUGAACGACUUGACGUGAAGACUGCCUGCAUGUGGGCACUGGGUCAACUUCAUCCAGAUUCCGUGGUUCCACUCCUCCACCACCUUGAUGAUGGGCUUUUCCACCGGAAUUCCGAGUACCGCCUGGCCGCCACCGAAGCCCUGCACAACUUGGGCCCCGCGGCGGUCGAGCUCCGCAAGGAUCAGCUCGGCACCAUGGCGUCCACCGACCGGGAUGACCGCGUCCGCGAAGCGGCGGCGGUCGCCCUGAAGCAUUUGGGCUUAUGA